UCCAAAAUGGACAAGUUCCUCUUGCUGGAACUCCCCAUCCUGCUCUGCUGCUUUAGGGCAGUAUCUGGAUCAUUUUUAAAGAGAAAAUUUCCAGUGACAGAAAUUGUUCAGUGUAGGAUGUGCCACCUCCAGUUCCCGGGAGAAAACUGCUCCAGAGGAAGAGGAAUAUGCACAGCAGGAACAGAAGAGGCCUGCAUGGUUGGAAGGAUUUCCAAAAGGGACGGUAGUCCCUGGUUAACCUUCAAGGACUGCCUGAAGAACUGUGCUGACGUGAAAGGCAUAAAGUGGAGUGUCUAUUUUGUGAGCUUCAGCUGCUGCAGGAGCCACGACCUGUGCAAUGAAGAUCUUUAGAAGUUAAUGCUUCUUCUGUGACUCCAAUUUCUGGGUGAGGUUGUUGCCUCAGCCUCUUCACAAUGACUUUCAUUAAAAAAAUCUCUCUCACACACACACACACACACGCACACUACAGAAGAGGAUUGCAAAGACAUGGCUCCAUCUUCUGCACAUGAAAGGAAAGUCCCUCUCCUUUUCUAGUCUCUGUCUCAUCCCUUAAAAUAAGUAAAUAAAUAACCUUGAGAG